AGUCACUCAUUCUCAGGCUCAUCAACAACAUUUGAUCACAUAGCUCAAAAAAAUUUGAUCAGCACAAUCUAUCUUGAUCGUACUCACCAGCAAUCAAAAACAUCAUCGGAAGAUGGGAAGAGCUCCAUGCUGUGAGAAGAUGGGGUUGAACAGAGGCCCAUGGACGCCUGAAGAAGAUCAAAUCUUGAUCUCUUUUAUCCACAAACAUGGUCACAGUAACUGGCGAGCCCUCCCUAAGCAAGCUGGUCUUUUGAGAUGUGGGAAAAGCUGUAGACUUAGGUGGAUGAACUAUUUAAAACCUGAUAUUAAAAGAGGCAAUUUCACCAAAGAAGAGGAGGAUGCUAUCAUUAGCUUGCACCAAAUCCUUGGCAAUAGAUGGUCAGCGAUUGCAGCAAAAUUGCCAGGAAGAACGGAUAAUGAGAUCAAGAACGUAUGGCACACUCACUUGAAGAAAAGACUUGAAGAUUAUCAACUCGCUAAACCUAAGACAAGCAAUACGAAGAAGGCUACUAAACCUAAAUCUCAAUCUGUACCGACGAAAUUGAACAGUACUAGACGCGAAUUGGAGUUCUUAAAUUCAUCAAACCCUUCUUUUGAAAGCUUGUUGUCGGCAUCACCAUCAACGAGUGAUGCGGUUUCUUCGGUGACACUCAUGAGCCACGAAGGCCAUAACAACGAGGCUAAGAUGGAUAAUAAAUCGGGAGACAUCAAUAUUGCGGAUCAAGACUGUUCUUCUUUCGAAAUUUUUGGAGCAGACAUCGACGAGAGCUUCUGGAAUGAGGCGCUUUAUAGCCAGGAUGAAAGCAACUACGCACUGAAUCUUGACGUGGCUGGUUUUGACGAGAUACAACAAGAGUUUCAGCAGUUAGGCCCAGUUGAGAAUGAGAUGGUUUUCGACAGUGAGAUGGACUUUUGGUUCGAUGUUUUGGCGAGAACUGGAGGGGAACAAGAUCUAUUAGCUGGGCUCUAAUUAGCUGACAUAUUUGCAGAGUAAAGUGAAAUGGUGAAAAUUAAAGCUAAGAAAAGUCUUUAACUUUUCAUGUGAUCUGGUUAGUUUAUUAAUUAGAGGUUGCGUUUUUUGAAAAUAUUACUCUGAUUGAGUGGUUAGCUAAUUGGAGUAGUAAUCAAUGACAAGUGAUUAACUCAGAUAUAUAUUACCCUGUUAAUAAAAUAAUUAACUGAAAAUAUUG